UAUAGUACUAUAAUAUGAAGACAUUAUAUAAUUUAUUUGUCAAACUAUCUAGAAUCAGAAAUCAAUACAACACGAGAUAUAUAAUCUUAGACUCACUUUCAAUUUCAAAUAACCUCUAGUCCGCUAAUUUUACUAUUUCUAAUCUUAUUUGGUUUUUGAUGUUUCAAUAAGCUCAUCACCAAGAUGUAUGUUCGUGCUAAACGACAAAAAGAUGUGUGUAUAUAUAGAUCCCGAGAUAUAUUCUUUAAAGCUCAAAAAAUAAUAAUCUUUAUCUCAAAGAGCUCAAAUUAUUGAGAAAGCUAUGGUGGCUCGUGGACAAAAGAAGAGGGCACGCCAAGAGAAGCCUCAUUUCCUUAAUCCCAGACACUCUAAACUUAGUAACCAUGAACAGAGCAUGGUCGAUAGCGAAGCUCUUUUAUACAUAAUCAUGCUCAAACUCAAAAUAGAAGCUCUGCAAAGGAAAGCUGAAGUUUUCAAGAUCAUCAAAAGAGAACCUUUACACCAGUUUCAGGAUGUAAAGGUGGAGAAGAUUGGGGAAAAGUUCCAAGUAAAGAUAAAAAGUCUAAAGGGAGACGAUAAGCUUAUUAACAUUCUUGAAGCAUUUGAAGAAAUGGGGUUGAGUGUAGCUCAAGCAAGGGCUUCAUGCCAAGAUACAUUUGUCAUGGAAGCAAUUGUUGUACCUCAAUCCAAAGACAAGCUGUGGAGCGUAGAUGAUAUGACCGAUACUCUGGUUAAAGCACUUUACCCACUGUAAUAAUAUAUUGGAAAAGGGAACUAAAGAAGAAAAAAAGAAGCUCAAGAAUGUAAUUCUUAUUUUCGAAUUGGGACUUUGAAUAUAUAUGUCGUUUUGAAACUCA